ACUGAUAUCUGUGCACAUUUGAAGGUGAGAAUCUGUCACAAGAUUGCCUGGAAAUUGGAGACAUCUGAAGGUCGGUGCGAUGCUGCAAAAGUUGCAAACCAACAAGAAGUUGGAGGACAGCGUUUCUUUAAAUGUGAUGAGAUAAUGGCAACAUCUGGCUGUCCACUACCCAAAGAUGAACUUGGAACAAUGAAGUACGUUUGUCGAAACUUUGAUGAUAAUGCUCCAAAUGGUGACAACUGGUCUCUUGGUGACAACUGCUUUGAGGAAACAUUUGAUCUACAGCAAACAACCAAGUUCUACAUCAAAGACGGUGUUCCUUGUUGCUGGGUCAUCACUGCCAGUCUAGAUCCCGCAGCAAUGCCUGACAUUGAAGCUCGUCUAAUGAUGGACUUAAAAAUUCGACCUGAUCUUGUGGCCAGCAAUAAGCCAAUACCCAUCAACACGAGUCCGGAGGCUACAUUGCAGCCUGUUGUUCGAACACAGGCGGGAUGUUUGUUCAGACUGAGAAUUACAGCAAUCGAUGAGGACGGAGACACAGUGAGGUGCCGAUUUGCAGCUUCGUAUGACGAGUGUGGUGGUGUCUGCCCUGACUUGCAGAAAGUUGGAGCUCAAAUGGAAACAGACUUGUGUGUGAUCACAUGGACUCCAACUGUUGCUGAUGCUGGCUUGCAUGCUGCAGCACUUAUGAUAGAAGAUUACGAUAACAAUAACCAAUUAUUGAGCAGCGUGCCGCUCCAGUUUCUCAUCACAGUGUUUACGUCAUCCGAAACCUGCAGCACACCCACAGUAUCUCCUGGUGAUAUAUGUAUUACUAUUCAACCAGGAGCCUCGUUGUCAUUGGAAAUCACUGCCAUGCAAUCGAGUGAUCUGCCAGGCAAUGAGAUCAAAGAAAUUGUGGUUGUAGCAAAACCUGAUGGUUUGAACGAAGGACAGUUGACGAGAGUUGGUAACAGUGAUACCUGGAAGGUGACAGUAGCAUGGACACCACGGUCAGAUCAAUAUCGAUCGCACUUGCUGUGCUACUAUGCAACAGACAUGAAAGAUGUUCAAAGCCCUCAGCAGUGUGUGGCUCUCAAAGCUGGAGUGUCAGGCGUUUUACCAUCAAUUGAUACAGUUAGUCCAGUAAAUUUUCUUCCUCACCCUCCUCAGUUGACGAUCGUCUUUAGUGGUCCAGUGUCUGUGCCUACAAGCACCAAAACAAUUUCAAUAAUUGAGUUCAACUCUGAUGUGAUUGUUGAAGUGAUUGAUACUUCAACAUCAUCAAAUGUUGUGCUGAAUUCUGAUGUUAUGGAGGCAUCCAUUGUCCUGACAAAUUCUCUUUUUCCAAACCGGCGAUAUUAUGUUCUUGUUGAUGACGGUGCAUUUACUGCAGUUGAAGAUUGUGCGGGGAUACGUAGACCUGUUGAUGGCAUAUCGGACAAGAACGUUUGGACUUUUGUUGCAGAAGGUCCACCAGAUGUCGACGAGUGUGCUGAUCCAGUGUUGAACACAUGUCACCAGUUUGCUGAUUGCUCAAACACAAACCCUGGCUUCUUUUGCACUUGUCAGUCUGGCUUUGCAGGAGACGGAUCUUCUUGUGUCAAUAUAAAUGAAUGUACAAUGAAAACUCACAACUGUCACAUCAGGGCUGAUUGUAUUGACACAGUUGGACACUUCCAUUGUGUGUGCAGAGUUGGUUUCACUGGGGAUGGCAGAGUGCAUUGUCAAGAUGUCGAUGAAUGUGUUGUUAAUAGGAACCAGAAUUGCCACCCCACAAGAGCCAAUUGCGUUAAUACGGUGGGCAGCUUUACAUGUACAUGCCUACCUGGGUAUACAGGCAUGCCACACGUGUGUCUUGAUAUCAACGAGUGUGCACUUAAUUUGCAUAAUUGUCAUCAAUAUGCAACAUGUGGGAAUACUGAAGGCUCAUUUGUCUGUAAUUGUGCCCCAGGUUUUUUAGGAAAUGGGGUGAUGUGUAUGAACGAGAAUGAGUGUGCAGAUCCUAGUACUCACACUUGUCGAGAAAUUGUCAGCAUGUGUGUUGACACGUUGGGAAGCUUUCGAUGUGAAUGUACAAGAGGAUAUACGGGUGACGGGUUGACAUGUGUGGAUAUAGACGAGUGUGCUACAGGGCAGCACGGGUGCAACCCAAAUGCUGACUGCAUCAACACAGAAGGCUUUUUCUACUGCUCAUGCAAGCAGGGGUUUACAGGCAACGGUUUUGUGUGUAUCGAUGUCUCCAAUUGCACGGAUAUAUGGCCUGUUGUUAGAGACAGAUAUUUGAUUGAAGACGACCAUUGGCGAAACGUAACCAGCAACUGUCCUACAGCCAACCUGACUUCCUCUCCUACAAUGCUCGACAAGCCUCCAAUCAAACAGUGGCAACUGAUAAUCGAUCAGUAUCUACACGAGUUCAACGAAUGGAUAAAGAUUUUUGGAAGCGGUUCGUCGAAUGACAUUUCUCUGCCUAACAUAGAUCCGAAUGCUUCUCCUGAAGAGAUCUGGGAUGUUCUUCGUGCUAGUCACGAACAAGCCCAGAAAGCAUGGCAGGAAGAGAUCGGCAAUCCCAAUGACAUCAUGCCUCAUUCGUCUGCUAACUGUAGUGAUGAACGCCGAAAUCAAUGGGUAAUCUCACUUGGCACAACACAGAGCGUUAUGGAUCAAUACGAAGAAACUUUUGGUGAUGUGUGUGAUGCAGUGUGAAGAUCGAGUGAUGAUUGAAAACGCCAGAUGAUUUGCAUUGAUUAACCUUUAGUUGACUGAAAUUGUGAGCCGAUGAAAUUGCGAUCUUGUUUGUUAGUGCAUGUAAUACAGUUUGAGUAGAUCAUUUGGUCUGGGGCAUAGUUAUGUGCAUGUACUGUACCCAGUGCUUCUUUGCAAUAGAGUCCUAACCAGAU